CUGUGCAGAGCUUCAUCUCCAGCUUCGUUGAAUUCCGGCGCUCAAACGGUAAAGAAACCGUCGCGCCUCGAUCCUCUCCAGCACGAAGCCGAAAACCCUAGAAAUCUGCUCCGUCCUGCUCCGAUUCCGAGCACGGGAUCCGGCGAGAAUCGCGCGAAUCCGCCGUGCCGGUUCGCCGGGAAUCGCCGCCUCCACGAGCCUUUUGCCGGCCAGCGCAUCCCGGCGCCGCCGCCGCCUGAUAUUAGCUUCCGGUCCGUACGGAAAUGUCGCUCUCCGCGGCGUUCGGCGAGCGGCUGGAACAGCUGGACCGGACCAGGAACCAGCGCCUCUCUCUCCUCCAGGCGGAGAGAGAGCUGCAAGCCGCCAAAUCACUGGUCCUGGAGUCGAAGCGCGCGGGCAUCAGGUCGAUGGAAGAGAGGUGCUUGAGGCUUGAGCGGAGCCUGGCUUCGCAGAGCUUGAAGAUCUCGGCUCUCGAAUCUAAGAUUGCCGCUCUCGAUGCCGAGUAUGACAACAAUGUGCAGCAAUUAAGGGCGUUGAAGUGCGAGGUGGAGGAGCUCGAGGAGGUGGAGAAGGAGAAGGACGGAUUCUACCGAGCGCAGACCGGUGAAAUGAAGGAUUUUAAGGAAGCUACUAACGGAUUCGUCGUGGAUUGCCAGAUUCGCAUAGAGGAAUUAAGAGACGAGCUAAAUGAGGUAAAAGAGAAGCUCUCUAUUUUCGGAUCUGUGAGCUGACGUGAUACUGUGCUAUUCAGUGGAUGAUUCUGUUGGCUGGAUCAAAGGCUGGAAGGUGAUAGUGAUAAUGAUGAACUUUUAUUACUUGUUUGGCUACUACACCAGAGAAUGAAGAAAGAUUAUUUUCCCUGUUAUCUUCGCUCAUGUUCGAUUUUGAUUUGAUGAAAUAGAGCUAUGGUUCAUCUUGAGUAGCAUACGAGAUAACUUGAAGAUAUAAAGUAUCAUGUUAUGAUAUUCUGUGACUGCAAUCAUGUGUGAUGUGCUAACUGCAAAAUGAAGUGUAUUUACAAGAGUCCAUGGAAUUGCUUCUCCCACAAUAUACCGUAUAGGCAGAACUAGCUGGAGAUGCUUCCAUCUGGUAUGUUGCUUGAGACCAAUAUUCGAC